AUGCCACUGCCUCUGGGAGACCCACUAGCAGUUUCGUUCAAGCAGUUGCAAAUCACAUCGAUGGCUCGCUGGCUCCAUCUCCUGGGCAUGUCGGCCCUGUCUCUACUGUACAGGCUGACCAGGGUGUUUGGUCUAAUAGCCACAGCCAACUCGAGUCCCAGGGGCAUCGAGAGGGUCAGCCGCAGCCUCUACUUUCGCAUCCACGGCUGGAUGAUGCUGAUCUUUGUGGGCUGUUUCUCGCCCUACACCUUCUGGAGCAUUUACCAGAGGAUGUCCUUUCUGCGCCAAAAUCGAAUUCUGCUACUGAUUGGCUUCAAUCGAUAUGCUCUGCUGCUGGUCUGUGCCUUUGCCACCCUGUGGAUACACUGCUCGAAGCAGGGGGAGAUCAUUUGGUGUGUGAAUCGAUUGCUCAAAUGCCGCAGGAAGCUAAGAAAACUGAUGCACACCCGUGAACUUCGGGAUUCACUGGAUUGUCUGGCCACCAGGGGACACCUGAUAAAGGUGUUGGUGCUCCUUACUUCCUUUUUCCUCUCGUCGGCCCAACCCAUUCAGAUCCUGGUGGACGAUCCCGUGGUGCGAAAAGACUUUAUGUAUGCCGGCUGUUUGGUUUACGUUUACAUCUGUCAACUGAUUCUGCAGCUUUCCCUGGGGAUAUACACCCUGGCGUUACUUUUUGUGGGUCACCUCGUUCGACACUCGAAUCUGCUGCUGGCCAGGAUUCUGGCGGAUGCUGGGAAAAUUCUGGCAAAUUCCCUGAAUGGAGGAUUCGGGCCAAAUCGCCAGCAGCUAUACAAAACGCAACAAAAGUGGUUGGCCCUCGAAUUAUGGAGAUUACUGCGUGUUCAUCAGCAAUUGCUGAAACUGCAUCGAUCCAUCUGCUCACUGCACGGCGUUCAGGCAGUCUGCUUUGUGAUAUAUGUGCCCAUGGAGUGCAUGAUUCACCUGUUCGUCACGUACUUCAUGAAGUACAGCAAGUUCAUUAUGCGAAAGUACGGCAGAUACUUCCCAUUAAACUAUUAUGCCAUUGCCUUUAUGCUGGGACUCUUCGCUAAUCUUCUGCUGGUAAUUCUACCCACUUACUAUUCAGAAAGGAGGUUUAACUGUACCAGGGAAACCCUGAGAUGCGGAAGCUUGCACUUUCCAUCCAGAAACAUUGUAAAACAACUCAAUCACACAAUGCACUACUACGGCCUAUAUUUGAAGAAUGUGGAGUAUAUAUUUACCGUCAGCGCAUGUGGCCUCUUUAAGCUGAACAAUGUUUUGCUUUUCUGCAUCGUAAUUGCGAUACUGGACUACCUGAUGAUACUGAUACAAUUUGACAAAGUCCUAAACCAAUAG